ACCCGGGAUUUCCAAAACAAAAACGCAAUAACGUCAGAGAAAGGGAGCUAGUGUACACCGCAGCGAGGACACAGUCGGAAUAUACCCUCCCUCUGUCAACAUUUCCAAAGGGUCUAUUUGUUGUUUCUCUGUCAGCUCUUGUCUUUAACUCGCGCCACCAUCACUUUGAUGUGCAUCGCCGCUGAAUGAGCGUCGUGUUCCCCUCCUCCUGCUGCACUCUCUCUACUCUGUUUGCCGCUGUUCCUACUUCCACACAGACGUUCUGCAGUGGACCCUGGGGGUGCAGGAGAGCCACUGGGAUCUGUCGCCACAGACAUGAACCGUUCCGCGCGUCACGGGAGCUCUGCGACGGGACGGCAGCAGGUGUGGACCGGGCGGUCCGGGAGUCCGGUGGGGGACGGCAAGGCGGGCGGCCCGGCCGCAGGUGGUGUCCAGGGAGGGCUGUCCAGAGGUGCGCAAGACGGUGACGCUGGCCCCGGUCCUCCUCAGCUUCACCAGGUCCGCAGUGAGCGGCUCCUGGAAGGCGUGCUCAGGAAAUACACAAACCUGCUCCAAGGCUGGCAGAACAGGUACUUUGUGUUGAACCGGGAGAGGAGUCACCUCCUCUACUUCCUGAACGAGUCCUGCCACAGCCAGCGGCCCCCCCGGGGGUCCCUGCCGCUCCUCGGCGCCUCGGUGGUCUCCUGUGAGGAGUUCCCCUACAUGUUCACCGUCUUCUCCGUCAACGGGGACGUCUACAAGCUCAGAGCCUCCGAUGCUCAGGAGCAGCGGCUCUGGAUGACUCAGCUGCAGCUGUGCUCCCGACGCAUCUCUGACACCAACGACAAGGUGAUGAACCAGGUGGCAGGUCAGCAGAAGAACCUGGUGAACUCCAUUGAAUCCCUGCCCCCCCGCGGGGGGCCCCUCUCCUCUCUGGAUGAGGACCUGCUGCUCCUGAAGGCUACGUCGGCGGCCACCCUCAGCUGCCUGGGGGAUUGUCUCAGCAUGCUGCAGCAUAAUGUGGCCCAGGCCCUCACCACCCAGCACCCCAGCCCUCACCACAACCACAACCAGAACCACGUCCCCAUCCCUGUCCUGGUUCCGGUCGCGGCCCCCACCCCCACCCCCAAGAGGGUGAAGUCGUGGAGCCAGCGGCGGGGCUCGGGGGUGCAGCAGGUGGAGCCGGGCCGGGCCAGGUCGUGGAGCCAGAGCCCCGGUCACAGCUUCAGCGACAGCCGUAGCCCCAAGCAGGGCCCGAGCGGGCCGCCAGCGCUCGCAGAGAGCCCUGGGAGUGGGGACCCCUGUUCCCCCAUAGAUGGACCCGUUCAACCUGGUGCCCCAUCCCCCUUCUCCUCAUCCGCCUCUUCCUCCUCUUCUUCAGCUCAGAGACCUGCGGACCACGAUACGAGCACUCAGGCUCAGCCGGCGCCGCAGCGGGCCAGCCAGCAGACCGGCGGGCCCCCGGAGGCCCCGGACCCCUGGGAGGAGACCACGGACACGGAGGACAACGACGAGGAGGAGCUGGGCGUGCUGGACGACCAGCGCAGCGUCAUCCUGCACCUCCUCUCGCAGCUCAAGCUGGGGAUGGACCUCACGCGGGUUGUUCUUCCCACCUUCAUCCUGGAGAAGCGCUCGCUGCUGGAGAUGUACGCCAACUUCAUGGCGCACCCGGACAUGUUCCUGUCCAUCACGUGGGGCGUCAGCCCCGAGGAGCGCAUGGUGCGCCUGGUGGAGUACUACCUGACCGCCUUCCACGAGGGCCGCAAGGGCGCCGUGGCCAAGAAGCCCUACAACCCCAUCCUGGGGGAGAGCUUCCACUGCUCCUGGGCGGUGCCCUGUGACCGCGGGCGGCCCCUCCUCCGGAAGGGCGGAGGAGGCUGCGGCACGGGACCCGGCUCCGCCCCAAACCCCACGUCCGGCCCCACGGCCCCGGUCGGGUGCACCCAGCGCGGGUCAGGACGUGACGUGGGCAACGCCACCACCAACAACACCGGCAGCAGCACCAGCAGCAGCUCUGGGGGAGGAGGAGGAGGAGGUGGAGGAGGAGGAGGAGGAGGAGGAGGAGGAGGUGGUGGUGGUGACGGGGGGAACUCUGACUGCUACCACGUGCGUUUCGUGGCGGAGCAGGUGUCCCACCACCCGCCGGUGUCCGGGUUCUACUGCGAGUGCCGGGAGAGGAAGAUGUGCGUCAACACCCACGUGUGGACCAAGAGCAAGUUCAUGGGCAUGUCGGUGGGCGUGUCCAUGGUGGGGGAAGGGGUCCUGUAUCUGCUGGAGCAUGACGAGGAGUAUGUGUUCACGCUGCCGUGUGCUUACGCCCGCUCCAUCCUCACGGUGCCCUGGGUGGAGCUUGGGGGAAAGGCCACCAUCAGCUGCAACAAGUCUGGCUAUGUCGCCUCCAUCAACUUCCACACCAAGCCCUUCUACGGAGGGAAGGUUCACCGAGUGACGGCGGAGGUGAAGAACAACCACACGGGGGCUGUGGUGUGCAAGGCCCAGGGCGAAUGGAACGGCACCCUGGAGUUCACCUACAGCAGCGGAGAGACCAAGGUGAUUGACACCACCAAGCUGCCAAUCAUCAAGAAGAAAAUCCGGCCCCUGGAGAAGCAAAGCCAAUACGAGUCGCGGCGUCUUUGGCAGCACGUGACCGCCUCGCUAAAGACGGGCAACAUGGAGGACGCCACGGAACACAAGCACCGGCUGGAGGAGCGCCAGCGCAGCGAGGGCAAGCAGAGGGCGGCCGCCAAGACGCCCUGGAAACCCAAGUACUUCAUCAAGGAGGGGGAAGGAUGGGUGUACCACAACCCUCUGUGGAAGGCCCAUUGACCACGAUGUGUGUUUGUGUGUGUGUGCGUGUGCGUGUGAGUUCUAUCUCUACUCAAGUCAAACAGCAGCAACCACAUCUCGAAGGGCCACUACGAGUCUGGAGGGUUCGGCCGUGGAUGGAGUGGAAAUAUGGGUUCCCCACAAUGAAGAACCGGAAGAAGCAGUAUUUUAAAUGUCUCAGCAAGACAUUCGUGCCAGAAAGAGAAUGUGCCAAAGAGAAAGGGGGAAAAGAGAGAGAAAUAGUGAGAGGGAGAGUGCGAGAGAGAGGAUUCCGAGCUAGAUUCCGAGCUUGCUAAGGGUCCUGAGAUAGAGAUGUGACUGAGUGACUUAAGCCGGAGAGGUGUUACUAGUAUUUUAGUUUUUAUACACCGUAGAUCUAAAUAGCAGAUCUCCUAUGUUUUCAGUUAUUUGCACAAAUGUAUGGAACAGCAGUGCCACUCAAUGUUUUGCACAAUCCACUGUAUAUAGAGUACAAAAUUCACAAAGUAUUUAAAUAACGUGUAGUUUCAUGCCUUUGGUGUAUGGUAAAAAAUUAUAAAUAAAAACGCUAAAUACUUUUUGAAAAAAACGUAACUAAACCAACCAUAAAUACACUGAAUAUGUAGCAAGAAUGGGUUAGAGAAUGUAAUAAGAUGGGAUUGGAUUUUGGCUUGAAGCCAUUAUAUUUACCCAGCCUUUUUGUAAUAGAGAGUAAUUUCAUCUGAGCCCUACUGCGGUCUCUCUGCAGAGACAAACAAAGUAUUAUUAUGCUUUAUUUUCAUCCGGUGCAAUGUUUCAUCUCCCUGGCCUUCUCUGCAUCCAUUGGGUCGUAUUUAAAAUAAAUUAUUUGUCAUCAACGAACAUCCAGACAGUCGGAGGCAAAACACAGAAGGUGGUAUCUUGGCCGUCGGUAAGAUCUAGUUCUUCAUGAGAUAACAGUGGAGAAAAAAAAAAAAAAAAAAACAGUCUGCCGUUUUAAGCCCCGCCAGCUGUCACAGAGGGUGUUGCAGUAGCCUACAAUGCGUGGAUGAGCCGUGUGUUGGUUUGCCUUACAUGAAAACUGCUAAGCACUGGAGGCCACUUUGUAGUCUGAAGAGUAGGCUAUUUGGUAAUGAUGAGAUGGGUCACUUUAGGAACAGCAGUGCACUCUUCAUUUGAAAAGGAUAGUGGACUGAUAUUGUUGGUACUGCACUGAUCCCGUGGCUCUUAAGUCACUUCACCAUUAGAAGAACCCUAAACGGAGCAGCUCUCUGGCAGGCUAUAUAUUAAUAUAUAUUAAUAAUGUUCAUUAUUUUCUAAAGUGAAUGUUUCACGGGGGGCUGACACAGCAGCUUGUCCUGGUCACCCACUCCGUGCAGAGAUCAAACCUAUGCAACACUUUACUGUAGAAGCUUCCGGAGAACGGCUGCAGGAGCUUGAGAUUGAGAAUCUGGAGGAAACCAGUUUUGGUUUCAAAAUAAAAGUUUUAUGAUGAUGAUCACUCCAUGA